CGGUAGAAACCUGGCAACCCUGAAAGCUGCGAAAAAUAAGGCUGGUAAAAAAACACAAAAAGAAUAUGGAUGCAACUUCAGUAAUUACGGGAGAUGUGGAUAAAACACAGAUACCGCCGCUGAAUCAGAAGCGCAUCCUGGCCUUCGUCAAUCACUUCCUCGUCAGCACUUGCACCUUCCUAAAUGAAUUUGCCCUGGGCUGUGAGACAAAGUUUGUGGAGAUGGAGCGGCAACUACAAAAGACGGAGGCCGCCCUCAUCAUCCUGGAGGCCAAGCUGGCGUCCAUACCCACCGAACACCAUGUAGCGGACGAACCAUCCAGGAUCCCAGAGCCAUCCGAGGAACUCAACGAACCAGCUCCAAUACUAGACUCUAAGGUGCCAUCCGCAGACAGCCAACCCGAACCGGAAGAUCCGCCUGAAUGCGUCGGAGUGCGUGCUUGCGAUGAUCUGCGCUACAGGAAGUUCUUUAAAAUGGUUCAAGUGGGAGUCCCCGCGCCGGCGGUCAAGCAGAAAAUGAAAUCAGAAGGCCUGGAGCCACGAAUUUUGGAUACGCCCAAUCUGAUCCUGGCAGACGGACUGCGUGAGUGAACGACUGGUAGAAGACCAAACCCACUUUGUGAUAUAGCAACUUUUGCUACACUCUUCAAUUAAACAUUUUGUAAGGCUUACGUCUACAA